AAAUGAAACUGAAAGUUUGUCAGAGCCACAGCACAGCUACAAGUAAGAAGAGUGUUUCUGUUUCUGUUUCUGUUUAUAGAUAAAAUAUAGUUUAUUAAGACUUUCUCAGCAACACAACAGAGUCUCUGCUGUGUGAAGAUAUGGCUUCUGUGAGCAGCCUGCCAUCUAAACAUCGGUUCCUGUGCUCCAUCUGUCUGAAUGUGUUCACUGAUCCAGUCACCACAUCAUGUGGACACAACUUCUGUAAAACCUGCAUCAAUGAACACUGGAAUACUAAUGACGAAUGCAAGUGUCCCAAAUGUGCAAAGCUUUUCAACACAAGACCUGAGCUGCGCAUCAACACUUUUAUCUCUGAGAUGGUUGCUCAGUUCAGACAGUCAGCUCAACAGAAAGCCAGCAGCAGCAGCUCAGAGCAACAAUGUGAUAAACCUGAAGUUCCCUGUGACGUCUGCACUGGAACCAAACUGAAGGCCCUGAAGUCCUGCCUGGUGUGUCUGGUGUCCUACUGUGAGACUCACCUGGAGCCUCAUCUGACAAUGUCAGGUCUAAAAAGACAUCAGCUGAUCGACCCUGUGGAGAACCUGGAAGACAGGAUGUGUACGAAGCACGAUAAACCUCUGGAGCUGUUCUGUAAGACCGACCAGACAUGUGUCUGUGUGCUCUGCACCUAUUCAGACCAUAAGACACAUGAGUUUGUUCCUCUGAGAGAAGAAUAUGAAGUAAAGAAGGCAGAGCUGGGGAAGACAGAGGCUGAAAUUCAGCAGAUGAUCCAGAAGAGACAACUGAAGAUUCAGGAGAUCAAACAGUCAGUGGACCUCAGUAAGAAAGACGCAGACAGAGAGAUAGCAGAAGGUGUUCAGGUCUUUACUGCUCUGAAGGAGUCUGUUGAGAGAGGUCAGACAGUGCUCACUGAGAUGAUAAAGGACCAGCAAAGAGCACAAGAGAUAUGGGCCGAAGACUUAAUUCAAGAGUUGGAGCAGGAAAUCUCAGAGCUGACCAAAAGAAGUACUGAGAUGGAGCAGCUCUCACACUCUGAAGACCACCUAUAUUUUCUCCAAAACAUGCAGUACUCGAACGCUGCUCCACCCGCUAAGGACUGGACAGAGUUCAAUGUCCAUCCCUUGUCAUAUGAGGGGACUGUGGUGAGAGUUGUGGCUCAGCUGGAGGAGAUACUCAGUAAAGAGAUGAAGAAACUGUUUGAGACCGAGCUGAAGAGGGUCCAACAGUAUGCAGUGGACGUGACUCUUGAUCCUGACACAGCACAUCCUGAACUCAUCCUGUCUGCUGAUGGGAAACAAGUUAAACAUGGUGAUGUGAAGAAGAAUUUUCCAGACAACCCAGAGAGAUUUUCUACCAGUCUAUGUGUCCUGGGCGAGCAGAGUUUCUCUUCAGGAAAACUUUACUACGAGGUUGAGGUUAAAGAAAAGACCGAAUGGGAUUUAGGAGUGGCCCGAGAGUCGGUUGAUAGGAAGGGACUAAUCACACUGAGCCCUGAGGAUGGGUACUGGAUUAUAUGGUUGAGGAACAGAAACGAGUACAAAGCUCUUGAUGACCCUGAUAUCAGUCUCUCUCUGCAGUCUCAGCCUCAGAAGGUGGGGGUGUUUGUGGAUUAUGAGGAGGGUCUGGUCUCCUUUUAUGAUGUAGAUGCUGCAGCUCUUAUCUACUCCUUUACUGGCUGCUCCUUCACUGAGAAACUCUACCCAUACUUCUGUCCUGGUCUCAAUGAUGAUGGCAAUAACUCUGCCCCUCUGAAUAUAUCUCGGGUCAAUCACACUAAAUAGACCAAUCAGUUUAAAUUCUACAAAAAGCUUCAGUAUUACACAAGAUAGAAGUCAUGGGUUUGAUGAUCUCAUACUCAGAUUUACAAAAUUCACUCAAAUGUCCUGUGACUUGUGUUGCAAGUCUUCCUCUUUCCGAGCCAAAAGAGGAAGAUUCUUAGAGUUAGAAGAUCAGAGUAUUAUAACUUCAUGCAGUGAUUUGUGACUUUAUAUAUGGCUGCUCAAAUUAUUCACACCAGAACGAUAGUACAGUUCUGGACAGAGUCCAGGUCUAAGGUUCAUCUUUAUAUAACUGGAACAGCGUUUAUAUGGAGAUACAUAUCCUUCUUACUGUAUAUUUGCACUAUUUGAUUUGUUUAUUGUUAAAUAUUGUUUAAAAUUUCUAAUUGAAUGACUAUAAAUAUCUGAUUUGGCUAAGGACAGAGAGCUUGCAGGGGAGGCAGUGGCAGACUGAGCUAAAAUGUUUAGUCUGAUAUUACCAAAUAUUAUUCACCUUAUAUUUUUGUAUUAACUAAACAUAUUAAUGUAUACCUUUGGAUUAUUAGCUGGAAAGCUAAGCUGGCCUUAAUACUAUGCAACAAAAUAAAGUUAAUGGCAGGGAGGAUGGUCUGGGUUUUCUGUUUGAUAUUUGAAAUUAUUUUUUUUUUUAAAUUUCCUUUGAUGGUGGUAUGUUUUGGUUUGUUUUUUAAUUGUGUAGCCUGCUAUACUGUAAAAGAAGUACUAAAAAGCUGAGUUUGUGUUCAACAUAAUUUCAUCUUUGACCAUUAAUAUCUAUAAUUAAAAAAAUCUGCUUUGUU